AUGAAAACUGCGAGAAGAGAGAAAGUUUACGUAUCCUGGUUCCGCCCUAUGAGGAGCAUUGCAAUGGCGUUGAGCGGCGCCGCCAGGCAUGAUCAGGUGGCCGAGUGGUUAAGGCGAUGGACUGCUAAUCCAUUGGGGUUUCCCCGCGUGAGUUCGAAUCUCAUCCUGAUCGAAUUCCUUUUGCCAUUUUUUCUUCACUGUUUAAGCUCAUUUUGCGGAUUCUAUGGACAUUUAAUGAAUCGAAUACGUGAAUAGAAAGACAGAAAUGGGAAAAUGCGGACGUCCCUGGCUCAUUUUGUAAAGCUGCGUUCUUUAUUACACUCGUCAAGAAUUUCGGCGACGGCACCUGCUUUUUUCGGUAAUCUUUCUUUUUAGUUCACGAUCGUUUUCUUUAAAAUUUUAAUCGGAAUGUUGAAAGAUUUCUAGAAGGUUAGGGAGUCAAAAUUUUGAGUUUGAUUAUGAGGAGGCUUUCUAGGAACAAAGAAAAUUUGGGGUUUUUUGAAUAUCACGUUUAAAAUGCGUUUUAAUUUAUUAUCGGUGAAUUUCUGCACGAAGUAGGAUAUAAAUUUAGUUUCAAUACACGAAAGUUUUCAAGUCAUUGAUGAAUUAAGAAAACAAUUCAUCAUUCACUUGGAACUUUUGAUUUAGAACGUGAAGUUUAAAAAAAAAAGGUUACUUCACGUUUUCAAAAUUUUCUCACUUCUAUCGAAACUUUUCGAAAUCUUUACAAGAAGGAUGAUUUUUUUCAAUUUUUGACCUGCAGAUGUUCAUUGAAAUUGAGGAGACUGUCCGAUUUCUCUCGACUUACAUGUAUGGACGAAUCCCUCGGAGGUUUCUAUCAAUUUUAUUUCUGAAAGGAGAAAUGUUCAAUCUUUCUUUUAAAUGAAAAAAAGAUUAUUUAGAGCGACUUAUAUUUUUCAAAAAUAUCUAAUUUUUUUCUUCGAAAAUGUUCUUGAUGCCGUGUUCAAAAUGAUUCCGCGAAAUUCAAAAUAGCCGUCAGAGAAAGAGAAAGAUAACUAAAUUUUGGAGGGUCAGAGACAAUUUCGCAUUUCGCGGAAAUUACUUUGAACACGGCAUGAAAAAUUUUUCAAAAAGGCCAAUAAUUACUCUAACCCGCAAGUUGUUCUGCACCAUUUAGGUUUUUAUAAUAAAAAGGACGUUUUGGUUUUAUCUGUUCUUCUCCACCUUUCCUGUCUCUCAGCUCCUCUGGACCAUUUUUAGCCGCGUGAAGUCGUUCGCCGUGCAUCUGACGAGUCUUCUCAGCGAGAUGUUGAUCAACAACGACGGCCUCGUCUGCCGCUACGACCUCGUCGUCCACGCCGAAGGCCGCACCGACGACGUCAUCGUCCAAGUGGAAAAGUCUUCUGAGUCUCCUCUCAGCGACGUCUUCAGGCGGCGAAGAUGGCCUACGUCCGGAUGGACGAGUUCCUGGAAUGCGUCGGCGGCGGUCUGAUCAUCGAGAUGUUCAGUGGUCGUGUCCGAGCCUUGACGCCCAAUUCGGCUCAGGUCGUCUACCCAAAAGGUCCCUUCUAUUGA